AUGGGGGUGUUUUACAGCACAAGCCAGACAGAACCCUCUCCAUGCAACUUACUCACCGUAAAAAUCAUACGGAUGAAAAAUGCCAGGAAAGCAGACUUGUUAACCCAGUCGGAUUGCUAUGUGAGCCUGAGACUGCCAACAGCCUCGGUGCAGAAUUUCCGAACCAAAACAAUUCCUAACACCAAGAACCCAACAUGGAAUGAGACCUUCCACUUUAUGAUUCAGAGCCAGGUUAAGAACAUUCUGGAGCUGAAAGUUUGUGAUGAGGACAAUGUAACUCAAGAUGACCAUCUCCUCACUGUUUUCUUUGAUGUCUCCAAAAUCCAGCUUGGAGAAAACAUUCAGCUGAGUUUCCAGCUGAAUCCACAGGGAAAAGAGGAGCUGGAGGUUGAAUUCACGAUGGAGAGUAGUCCGGAUCCUCCUGAAAACAUUGUUACUAAUGGCGUUUUAGUGUCCCGUGAAGUUGCUUGUCUGGAUGUGCAGGUGAAUGGUGGCAGGCUGAGGAAGGAUAGCACAGAGAGGAAAUUUGCGCUGACAGUGGAUGGCUCGUAUGAGGGGAUGCAGACCCACACGCUGAGAUCAUGCCUGUGUGCAGCCGCACCAGCGAGGUUCCACUACAUCAAACACCAUCAGUCGGCACUGACUGUGUCACUGCCACAGCGCAGGCGGCUCAGCAGGUCUGUAUCAAGUCAAAAUGAAAGGGAUAUGAAUGAGUCUGUGACUCUACCCCUGAACUUGCUUCCUAUACAAGAGAAAAUAACUAUAGCAGAGGACAGGACAAUUGACUUGUAUGCAAAAGCAAAUGAAUGGACCCAGGGUUUGUGCUUCAUGCCAAGAAACCUAGAUGCCCGUCUGGGUUUUGACCUGUGCACGGAUGAAAAGAACUUCCUGCAAAAUCGGAGAAAGGUGGUUGCUGCUGCACUGAAGGAUGUUCUUCAUCUGGAAGAGGACCUACAAGACCAUGAGGUACCUAUAGUGGCUGUGACAACAGCAGGGUGUGGGAUAAGAGCACUGACAGGAAUGUAUGGCAGCAUGUUGGGUCUUCAAAAGUUGCGUGUUCUGAAUUGUGUUUCAUACAUCAGUGGCUCAUCUGGCACAACAUGGACCAUGACAAAACUGUAUGAAGAUGCUGAGUGGUCACACAAGGAUCUCGGAGAAAUAAUUAUUGAAGCUCGGAAGCAAGCAGCCAAGUGCAAGAUGGGUGCUUUUUGCUUGAGAAGUCUGAGGAAUUAUUACAAAGAGCUGAGUCAAAGGACCCAAGCAGGACAUAAAACAUCUUUUAUUGAUCUGUGGGGACUUAUGAUUGAAUCGAUGUUAAAUGAUGGGAAAUGCUACCACAGGCUUUCUGAUCAACGUCGAGCAGUGAACCAGGGCCAGAACCCACUGCCCAUCUACCUUGCCCUGAAUGUCAAGGAUAAAGUUACUACCAAAGAUUUUAGAGAGUGGGUAGAGUUCACACCCUACGAGGUGGGCUUCUUGAAGUACGGCGCCUUCAUUCGUGCAGAGGAUUUUGGCAGUGAGUUCUUCAUGGGUCGCUUGAUGAAGAAGCUCCCCGAGUCCCGAAUCUGCUUCAUGCAAGGAAUGUGGAGUAGUAUCUUCUCCAAAAACCUCCUGGAUGCCUGGCAUGCAGCGGACAAUUCAGAGGACUUCUGGCACAGAUGGACCCAAGACAAAGUGACUGAAAUAGAGGAACAACCAGACUUGCCCGAGAAGCCCUAUGAGAUGGCUACGUGCAUGUUCACUCCUACAAGUGGCCUCUCCACGACUCUGCGGGAUAUUCUGACGGACCGCCCUGCUGUUUCCAAGUACCACAACUUCCUGAGGGGCUUCCAGAUGCACAAUGAGUACAUCCAGCACGAACAGUUUGCAAAAUGGAAAGACACUUUGCUGGACUCCUCUCCUAAUGAUCUGAGAGGCCACUCAGAGCACUUGGAGUUGGUGGAUGCAGCUUUCUUUUUUGAAACUAGCUGUCCACCCCUUAUGAGACCGGAGAGGAAAGUGGAUGUCAUCAUACACUUAAAUUACACUGGUGGAUCGCAGACCUUGCCUCUAAAGCAGGCUUGCAGUUACUUCUCAGAGCAGGGAAUUCCAUUUCCCAACUUUGGGCUGAAGGAUGAUGAGAAGAACCUGAAAGAGUGCUAUGUGUUCGAUGGUGCAGACACCCCUGGAGCUCCUCUCCUGCUUUACUUUCCACUAGUGAAUGACACUUUCCAAAGAUAUGUAGCACCUGGCAUGUCUCGCGGUGCUGCGGAAAUGGAACAGGGCAAGGUUGAUCUCUCCAGUUUCUGCUCUCCAUAUUCUACAAGAGAGGUGUCGCUGAAAGCAGAAGAUUUCAACAAACUCCAGAAGCUGACUACUUACAACAUCUUGAACAAUGAGAAUAUGAUUCUUCAGGCCUUGCGCAUGGCUGUGGCUCGGAAGAAGCAGGCUCCGAGCCAGCCUGUAUCACAGGCACAGGCCACUGGUUGA